CCUCAGCUUGUUCCUAUGCUGAGAUGGCAUGCUGUUGCGUCGUGGACUUGGGAUGCUCAGGAUGAAACAUGUGGGAUUUGUAGGAUGGCCUUUGAUGGAUGCUGUCCUGAUUGUAAACUUCCUGGAGAUGAUUGCCCCCUCAUUUGGGGUGCAUGCAAUCACGCAUUUCAUUUGCACUGUAUCCUGAAAUGGGUGAAUUCUCAGACAUCACAAGCGCAUUGCCCCAUGUGCCGUCGGGAAUGGCAGUUUAAAGGAUGAGAACAUUUUUUUCCAAAGGAAAAGUUGCAACUAGGAGCAAUGCAAGUUGGUGCAGUUAAUUGAAAGGUCUUCUUCCCAGAUUUUUCCCUGAGUAUAAGAUGUAUUGAUUGCUUCUGAAUUAGCUAUUACGCUAUCUAUGUACUUGAAUAUUUAGAGUCCUUCUUUGAGUUUAUCUUAAAACGCAAGCAUUUGCUUAUUAGUUAUUACUCAUACAUAAGAUUAUCAUA